UCUGCUCUGACAGACGCCGCCAGCAGGACGCUUCCAGCAGGUUCACCCUCAGACUUUCAGCCGCCGCAGCUACCAACACACCUUUCAGGCCUUUUCUACGGAGUUCGGUAGACAUUCACAGCCUGGUUUCUCUCUGAAUAUUAACGGAAAUGCCCACGAUAAAACUGCAGAGCUCUGAUGGGGAAAUCUUUGAGGUGGACGUUGAGAUAGCUAAACAGUCCGUCACCAUCAAGACCAUGUUAGAAGAUUUGGGAAUGGACGAUGAAGGAGAUGACGACCCCGUUCCCCUCCCUAAUGUGAAUGCUGCUAUCCUUAAGAAGGUGAUUCAGUGGUGUACCCAUCACAAAGAUGAUCCCCCUCCUCCUGAGGACGACGAAAACAAGGAGAAGAGGACGGAUGACAUUCCUGUCUGGGACCAGGAGUUCCUCAAAGUGGACCAAGGCACCUUGUUUGAACUCAUUCUGGCCGCCAACUACUUGGACAUCAAAGGCCUCUUAGAUGUCACCUGCAAGACAGUGGCCAACAUGAUUAAAGGCAAAACCCCAGAAGAGAUCAGGAAAACUUUCAACAUCAAAAAUGAUUUCACAGAGGAGGAGGAGGCCCAGGUACGCAAAGAGAACCAGUGGUGUGAAGAAAAAUAAAGCGGCUGAUCCUGCCAACACUACCACACUGACAAGGAUUGUCCCUGCUUACUGGUUGCACUGGCGUUGUUCAUACUUGUUAAUAUUCUCUGAAAGGAUAUCAGAUUCCACCUUGCUCUCUAGUUCCCUUCAUUUCUGUAUCCCAUUAAUAGCAUGACCAUUUUUAAAUCGCCUGUGUGGUGUCAAUAAAUCAAAGCUAAAACACCUAGUAUUGUUUUCACUCACUCCUAUUGUCCAUCUACAUAAAACCCAGUCCUGUUUUUCGUUGGUUUUUGCCCUUAAAGGGAUAAAAAUAAAUCCCUUCCUAUCAGAUUGUCUUUAGUUGCUCUAGAUGUUUUUGUUUUUUUUGUUUGCUUUUUGUUUUUUACUGGAGAAUUUACUUUGAGGUUCCUUGAUUCAAAUAAAGUAAAAAAAUUUUGACGACAGAAAAACAAGGGUGAAUGUUAUUUUGCCUGUACAAAUGCAUUGUUAGCUUGUUAAUUGGGGAAAAUGAAGUCAACACCAUCACAGCUUUAAUCCAUAAGGCAUUUGUGUAUUUAAUUUGACUCUCCUAGCUUAGCUGUGAUGCUGGUUUUUUUUAAAAGCUGGAUAAACACACUGAAGGAGAUAAUAAAGCCUUU